AGAAGGUAACAGGUCGACAAACUCAGACAAAGCUCUCUGAAGUGUCUGUCUGUCUUUACAAAGGUUAUCUUCAUCUCUAACAUCCGUAUCAUCAUGUUGGCAGCGUCUUUGCUGCUGAGUGCCAUGUUGGCUCUGACUCAAGCUGCUGCUCUUCCAGGUGUAAUGACGGAAGAUCCGACAGAGGAAAUGAUUCCAGACGGUCCUCUAAGUGAAACACCGCAACCUCCGACAACGCAACCUCCGACAACGCCAAUGAUUCCAGAAUAUGAUUUCUUUCCUGGUGGCUGGUUUCCAUCGUGCCCUCAUGGGUGGACUACGUACAGCGUUCACUGUCUCCUCUACGUUCCAGGAACCAUGACCUGGACUCAAGCUAAGAAACACUGCGAGGCCGAGGGGGCGGGAGCAACGCUUGCAUCAGUGUUCGACAAAACGUUCGCUGAAGACAUCCGCGACGUUAUGCAGAGCUUCGGACACACGCAUGGACAAGUGUGGGUUGGAGGCCACAACACCCAAAAGAAUCCGUCCUGGUCCUGGAGCGAUUUCUUAGGAGUCCAACAUUUCACCCAGUUUUGUCGCGGAGAGUCAGCAAACCACGAGCACCACUGUCUGCAGCUAACCGUCGGAGAAAAAGAAGGCGGAUGCCUGGAUGACAUGCGCUGUGACGCCAAGCUGCCGUCCGUCUGUAGCAUCAUACUCAUGUAACCGCUGAGCUGAAACGAACCCAGAACUCAUCUGCAAAAAGCACAAACACAAUCUGAUGUGUGUUUUUGUCAUCAUUUUCUCAUACGUCUCAUUUUCCAGCUGCAUUUCUGCUUAAUGCUGCACAAACAGUAGACGGCUUGUCUUGUAGAUGAGAGCACACUGAAUGCUUUCUGCGCUUUCUUCCCUUACGAAAAAAUUAAACAUUUAAGCAUCGAAAGAA